CAAAAAAACUUAAACAAAUUCAAAAUCAGAAGGUCAAUAAAACUACAAUGAGCGAAACCGGUCAGCUGAUAUAACCCUUUAACUAAAACGCGCCAAAAUUUCGGCAACCGCUAUAAAUAUCAUACACGCUUCACGUUGCCGAGUGAACACUCGUGUGAAUGAUAAUAUUAUACAUGUUGUUAAAAACAAGAUAAUAAACAUGCAAACGUUGAGACGCGCGGUGAUUUUUAACUAUGCUGGAACACAAACUGUUAGAUCCAUAGCUGUCAAAGCAGCGGUAGUCAAUGACAAAAAGACUGAUAUUAAACCAUGGCAAGAAAUUCCAGGCCCCUCUUCAUUGCCAAUUAUAGGACAACUGCAUCAUUUUAUUUUUAGAGGAUCUUUAAACCGGUCACAAAAGGAAGUUAUCAACAUUUUAUACGAACAGUACGGACCUAUUGUAAGAAUGAAGUUUUUGGGACUACCGGCAUUAAUCGUUCAUGUUACUGAUGCUGAAGCAAUCGAACAGGUCCUUCGAGGUGAAGAUGCCUUACCGGAUCGACCCGCAUUCAAAUCUCUCGAAUACUAUAGAAAAGAAUAUAACAAAAAUAGAAAUCCAUCAGAAAGUACAGGGCUAGUUACAGAACGAGGAGAAGAUUGGAAAAAGAUACGGACAAAAGUAAACCCAAUUAUGUUGCAUCCAAAGAGAGUAAAACUUUACACCAAAAUCUUAGACGAAGUAUCUGAGGAUAUGGUAAGCAGGCUGAAAUCAAAACUAAAUGAAAAGAAAAUGGUGGAAGGUGGCAUGAGGAGUCAUGUAAACUUGUGGUCUUUGGAAGCAGUCGCUGUAGUGGCUCUGGGAAAGAGGCUAAAUUGCUUUGAUCAAAAUCUCCCGCAAGAUUCUCCUGUUAGAAAACUCAUCAAGAAUGUUCAAGAAGUUUUUCAUGUGGCCGAAGAACUAGAUUUAAAACCCAGUCUUUGGCGAUAUUUUCCGACAAAAAUGUUCAAAAAAGCCAUGAAAAGUUAUGAAGAACAAUCAUAUCUAACUCGAUAUUUUAUAAAAGAAAGAAUAGAGGAAAUUAAUAAAUGUCCUGUUAGCAACGAUGACGAUAAGAGUAUAUUAGAGAAACUAUUGGACAUAGAUGAAAACACGGCGCAUCUGAUGGCAGGAGACUCGCUAUUUGCUGGAGUAGAUACGGUAUCGAAUGUGAUGAUAUCCAUAUUUUAUUACUUAGCGACAAAUAUUGAAAAACAAAAUAAAUUAAGGGAAGAGAUCAUAGCAGGGGAUCCUAAACAACCAUAUUUAAAGGCUUGUAUAAAAGAAACAUUACGGUUGAUACCUGUAGUACCAGCCAAUUUGAGGAAACUAACAAAGGAAUAUAAUUUAUUGGGAUAUCAGGUGCCAAUUGAUACCUUCGCCAUACUAAACCACGAGGUCCUAUGCAAGCAAGAUAAACAUUUCCCUCGUGCGAGUGAAUUCAUUCCGGAGAGAUGGAUUGUUGACAAAAGUGAUCCUCUACAUUAUAGCAGCGCACAUCCCUUCGUGUAUAAUCCCUUUGGUUUUGGCACUCGCAGUUGUAUUGGGAGACGUAUAGCACAACUAGAAAUGGAGUCGCUUGUUCACAAAAUGUUUCGGAGUUUCCACUUAGAAUGGCACGGACCUCCCGCCAAAGUAGAAGUUGCAAUAUCUAACUAUAUUGUUGGGGAUUUGCCUUUUACUCUUAAAGAGUUAUGAAUAUUAAAUAAUAAUCUGUGAUAGUUAAUUUAUUACUUUAAAAAUAAAUCUGGUUACAUUUCUUAUGAAAUGUCUUGUAAAUAACUAAAUAACUCUUUAUUUAGAUAUAAUGGGAGGAAAUUAUUUAUGUUUUAAAUAAAGGUGAAUAUAAAAACUUGAA